AUGAGUAUAGAAAACAAAAGAUAUUUAAAAGAUAAUAAAUAUUUAGAUUGAUUAGCAGGUAUUACUGAUGGAGAUGGUUGUUUUACUAUAUCUAAAAAAGGGUAUGUUUCAUUUGAAUUAACAGUUGAAACUAGUAACCUAAAAUGUUUAUAUAGAAUUAAAACAGUUUUUGGCGGUAAUAUUAAACCUGGUAAAGGUAAAUGACAUAGAUAUAAAUUACACCACAAAGAAGGAAUUAUUAAUAUAGUUAAUUCAUUAAAUGGCAGAUUACGGAAUCCGGUUAGAAUAUUACAAUUAGAUAAAGUAUGUGCAUUAUAUAAUAUAAAAUUAUUAGACACACCUUCAUUAAAUUAUUCUUCAAAUUGAUUAUCUGGGUUUUUCGAUGCUGAUGGUAGUAUAUAUAUUAAUACCACAUUUGUACAAGUAUUUAUAUCAAUUAGUCAAAAAGAUAAAUAUUUAUUAGAUCAAAUUGCCUUUGUAUAUGGAGGAAAAGUUUAUCCACAUGGAACUACAAAUACUUUUAAAUGAAUUGUUAAUAAAAAAAUAGAAGUAUUAGCUAUGACAGAAUAUUUUAAAAAAUUUCCAUUAAUUUCUAAAAAAAUGAUAAGAGCAAAUUUAAUACCCUCAAUUUAUGAGGGAUAUUCAAGAAAUUGACAUAAAAAAAGAUUAAAUAUGGUAGAAGAAAAGAAAUGAAAAGAAUUAUUGGAAAAAUGAAGUAAUUAUGAUAUAUAA